CCUUCCUCUUCCCCAUUCUCCUUCUUCUCAAACACCUAAAGACCUAAUCUUCUUGACGAAGAUUCCUAUCUUUUGAAAGAUGUUUGGGAGAGCACCGAAGAAGAGUGAUAACACCAAGUACUAUGAGAUCUUGGGAGUGCCUAAUACUGCUUCACCAGAUGAUCUGAAGAAAGCUUAUCGUAAAGCAGCUAUUAAGAAUCAUCCUGAUAAGGGUGGUGAUCCUGAAAAAUUUAAGGAGAUUGCCCAAGCCUAUGAGGUUUUGAAUGACCCAGAGAAGCGUGAGAUCUAUGAUCAGUAUGGUGAAGAUGCUCUUAAGGAAGGAAUGGGUGGUGGAGGUGGUGGACACGAUCCGUUUGACAUAUUCCAGUCAUUCUUUGGUGGAGGCGGGUUUGGUGGUGGUGGAAGCAGCAGAGGAAGACGGCAAAGGAGAGGGGAGGAUGUUGUCCACCCUCUCAAGGUUUCUUUGGAGGAUCUUUACAAUGGGAUAUCAAAGAAGCUUUCACUAUCUCGCAAUGUGUUGUGCACAAAGUGCAAGGGGGUAGGGUCUAAAUCAGGUGCUUCAUUGAAAUGUCCUGGAUGCCAAGGUAAAGGAAUGAAAGUUUCGAUCAGACAACUUGGCCCUAUGAUCCAGCAGAUGCAGCACCCAUGUAAUGAUUGUAGGGGUACUGGUGAGAAAAUCAACGAGAAAGACAGGUGUCCACAGUGCAAGGGUGAGAAAGUUGUGCAGGAGAAGAAGGUGUUGGAAGUUGUUGUGGAUAAGGGUAUGCAAAAUGGACAAAAGAUAACAUUUCCAGGAGAGGCUGAUGAAGAGCCUGAUACUGUCACUGGAGACAUAGUUUUUAUCUUGCAACAGAAGGAACAUCCCAAGUUUAAGCGAAAGGGAGAUGACCUCUUUGUAGAACACACCUUGACCUUGACUGAGGCUCUCUGUGGUUUUCAGUUUGUCUUGACUCACCUAGAUAAUAGACAGCUGAUAAUCAAGUCCCAACCUGGAGAAGUUGUCAAGCCUGAUCAAUUUAAGGCCAUAAAUGAUGAAGGAAUGCCAAUGUACCAAAGGCCAUUCAUGAAAGGGAAACUGUACAUUCACUUCACCGUGGACUUCCCCAACACAUUAACCCCAGAGUUGUGCAAGAAUCUUGAAGCAGUGCUGCCAGCAAGGCCUAAAACACAAGCAUCCGAUAUGGAAUUGGACGAGUGCGAGGAAACCACCUUGCAUGAUGUGAACAUUGAUGAGGAGAUGCGUAGGAAGCAGCAGCAACAGGCCCAGGAGGCAUACGAUGAAGAUGAUGACGAUAUGCAUGGUGGUGCACAGAGAGUGCAAUGUGCACAACAGUAAUUUGAUACUCUUUUUCGGUAGAUAACAGUACUUAUUUCCGUCAAGUAUCAAGUCCUGUUCUUGGGUUUGAUAAUAGGGCUGAUAAGAAUUGACAGUCAGGAACAACAUUGCUUCUAGUAGGAGAUAUAGAUUAUUACUAUUGACUUUGAAAUUUUAUUUAUGCAUAAAACUAUAAGCAAAAUUUUGUGACCUGA